ACUUAACAUUUUCUUUGGCUUGUUAGCUAGCUGUUUAAAACAGCUUGACCUACUGGUGCAAAUGUAUUAGGUUUAAACCAACAGACAAAUAUGCUUAUCUCCCUAAAAUACAAAAGUGCCACCGGACAUACUGUAAAGUAUAACAACUUGGCAGUAAAAUAAGGCCUGUAACAUUCUACUGAAAUCGGUCAUGUCUGCUCAGUAAAAGCCGUAGCCUUCGGCGAGUCUUCGGCUCGGCGCGUGGGGGACAAAGAUAGAGCUACAUGAGUGUCUGUGUGCGAGAGAGACAGAUAAAGAGAGACACUGGCUGCUGACGGAGGAUUUGUUGAACACGUCUAAAGAAACUACAGCGCGUAUGACUACAAACAGACACAUCACGUUCAGAGCGUUGCGCUGCUUUGCCGGAGCUGGCAACACGGACGCUUUUAUCCUGAUUAAGUAACGGCCGGACGGGAGAGCGACAGGCAGCCCUACAGCACCUCGCAGCCGGCAUUUGUGCAAGAAGUCAAGGGCAAUCGAAUGAUAAAGGGACCGGACGCCGGUUGAGUGUUUGUUUAGAAGUGCCGUCGAGCAGAAACGAAAUAUCUCCUUCCUGGAAAAGAGCUCGCGCCGGAUCGCGCAGCACCGCAAUGCGAAUGUCGAGCGAAGAGACGCUUAAAACCGGCACAACUGCAUUCAACAUGGGCGAAAAUAGAGGAAUUGGCCGCCGCACGGACAGCUGAAUCGUGAGAAAUGCUCUCUGUUCCCGUUCUGAGGUAAAACGCCUCCGCGAGACUGCACGAGACGGCUGUUUUCGGGAUCGUGCAUCUUCAUACGAGACGGCACGCGAUAAUCUGGCCGAUGAAUUAUGCACGGCGGAGCAUGAAUAAUACACUGAGGGGUGACGCUCGUUUUCAGAGACCGGCCGGUGCCCGACGGUGUCCCACAUGACCUACUUUCAAAAAGCUUUACUGCAGGAGAGAUGCGGCCGCAGUGAGAAGCAAACGAGACCUUCGGAGCUGAAAAACAAGCUCAAUGUUUGCUUAUAAGUGUGACCUAUGUCGUGUGCACCUCAGGUGACACGAACGUCACGGCCGGUUCUCUCACUUGAAGCAUCCUCGGCGAAUCGGUAGUAGUUUUAAAACGAAUCUGCCCCGCCGACAACUUUGAAGACUCGAGCUAACGGAAAAAAGGGACCCAGGAGCCGCUGACCUUUGCACUCGCAACAGCAGGAUUAUUUCUUUCUGCUAAAAUCACAGUAGUCUCGGCGCAUGCUGUCGGGAUUUGUAUUGAGCCAAGGGAUUUGCCUUUGCCAGCUGAAAUCUGCACAUGAACUCCAGAAACGCUUCUAAAGGAUUAUUAAAAUGACAGUUUCUCCUCUGUGAUGUCAUGCAGUUGGACAGUCAAGUAUUCUGUAAGCAAUACUACUUAUUUAACGACUACCUUCAACAAUAAAUCUAACUCAACAAUGACUCUAAGCUCAGGAGAUACUUUUAUUGCCGACCAGUGAAUUUGUCUUUGGGUCCAAUCAUGUGGUCGCUUCCAUUACUACGUCACACUGACGUUCCACCGAGAGUGACUGAGAACUUCAUUCUGUCUGGUUAUCGUUUUCCAAACUAUAGCCUACGGCAGUGUCUAGCCUCUGCUUUUCGCCCCACCAAUGAAACAGGAAACUUCUGGACACACUUCCUCCCCAUUUUUGUGUUCGCCUUUCACUUUCUGGAGGUUUUUACGUGGGAAGGAGCACCGGAACCUAGCGAUCCUUUUUUCUACCCUUUCUGGAACUAUUUCCUGGGGGUGCUGUACCUGCUUCUAGCCAGCAGCCUGGCUCAUCUUCUCAACUCCAUGUCGCUCAUCAUCCGUGAAAUCUGUUUCUUUGUGGACUAUGGGACUAUUAGUGCGUAUACAGUGGGUUCCUCACUCGCAUAUUACUACUACAUCCAUCCUCAAGCCGGAAUACCAGAGAUUGGAUUCAGGGGACCGAACUCUACCCAAAGGAAGACCCUGAACGCUGACGAAGAGGCUUGGCCCUCUGCAUCUUCUCCCACUCAGUUCCAGCAGUUCUUUGAAAGCCUCUACAUCCCGUCCUCCUGUCUGGUCGCUAUCAUAUGUGUCAUCACCUGCUGUAACACCAGACAGUGCUGGCGGAAGUACCGCUACGCUGUCCGCACCCUUGUCUUCCUCCUGCCGUUUUUCAUCUCCUCCACUCCUGUCUUCUACCGUCUCUCCACGAGGUCGCUGUCGACCUCCUCACCUCAUCUGUUCUCCACCAUGGCUGCCUUCUUCUACCGCCAUUGUUUCUGGCUGGUGGUAUCUGCCCUCUUCAAUAUCAGUAAGAUCCCAGAACGUUUUUCUCCGGGGAACUUUGAUAUCUGGGGUCACAGCCAUCAGUGGUUCCAUUGCUGCACCUUCCUCUCAAUCCUGGAUGAGCUACAAAUGAUCAAAGUGGAGAUACAGGCCCUGCUUCUCAACCCAACUUUGGUACUAUCACCCGCAAUGCCACCUAGGCUCCCUGGACCGACACUCUGGUCCACCUACGGCAUCAUGUUGCUCCUGCAGGGGUGCAUAGCAUGCAUUAUAGCUUGUUUUGGUUGGCAGGCAUAUCAGAUCUACGCACCCGAGCAAAAAAAGCUAAAGGGACAUUAGGAGGCACUGUAUGCUGGUCAGGUUUAAAGUUCUGGAUUUUGACAAUUUUUAACAAUGUUUUAAUGAUUUUGCAGCUUGAGCUAACUCAUACCGUUAACUCAUACUCCUAGAUGGAAAUGCUAGUCGUUUCCUUCAUUGUAAAAGGGAUCGGUCACCCAAAAAUAGUCCUCUGAGAACUAGCUCUGAGAAGGUAACAUGAAAUUAAUCCAUAUGAAUACAAUAGCAUAUUCCCAGUCAAGUUUAAGCCCUUUUGCGUUCCAGUGACAUGAAGGUGAGUGAAAGAUGACAUCAUUUUCGCUUUUGGGUGAACUGUCCCAUUGUGUUUGAUAUGGCAAUCAAAAAAAAGUGCUCACUAGGCAUUAUUUGACAAAAACUGUGAACGUUGGAGCAGGUUUCAUUCUAAGGACUUUGGAGGGAGGCUGUUUUUGCUGUCAAGUGGUCAAAGUCCUUGCUGCUCUGUAAUCAGCAAGCUGACUCUGCCACACUUGCUCUGCAGGGGCUGUAUUGUUGAACUUGCUCUUGGUUCCAGAAAGUUCUCAUAAUCUUCACAUAAACGACGCAUUAUCGAUCUUUUACUAGGACACCUCACAUAUUGUAACGCUCUUCAUCUUUGAAGUUGUCUUUAUCGUUCUAUCUAUCGCCGUCUGUUUUUUUUUUCUCGUCCGCCCACUCACAUUUCCUCCCUUUUUUUAAGAAACCCUUUAAACAGGAAGUGCACACAAACACAAAUAGCUUCAGCCAAAGCGUUUGAAGCAAAGGGAAACGAGAGGGGUGGAGUCUGCAUCACUGCAGUGCUAAACUACACCCUUCGCAGUUUUUAACCGGCCUUCCGUUCGCUUUAUACUAUGAUUAAUUUCAUUUAUAGACCUUAAUUGAGGUGUGCGGCAGCAUAGGUAGUAAAUGUAGAUUUCAGUCGAAAUGCUGUGUCGUAAUCUACUGUAACUAUGCAUUGCUAUUGAUUGUAUACGCUUAUCUAUGACUUGACUUCUGAUUGAAGGCCUUGGUGGUAAGAUUGAAAGUAGAAAAACGAAGCCAUAUCAUUUGUCGUAAAACAUAUCAGCGAGUACUGUUUUUAGUGUAAAGGCCAGUUUUGACGACGCAGGUUAACUGUAGUGAUGGGGCUACACAAAAAAGCCUGUGGUAAAUCAUAGUUAUCGAUAACUUUGUUCAGGUGCCGGUCUAGAAAGUGCUACUCUUUGGCUGUAUUCAGCUUUAUUGUACUGUAUACAGCCACGAGCUGUCUCCGGUCUUAGGUUUUAUUUCAUCCAAUCAGAUACUUUGAGUAAACGGUGCUCUUAUAAAGAGUGUGUUAAGUGCUUGAGCGAAACACCUGUCGAAACAAAACACACAGGUUAUUUAGUCUGAGUUUGGUGUGGUUUAACAAUAUUUGUGAAUAUCUGUGUCUUUCCGUCUACGACAAAUCGAGGUCAUCGACGUAUCAGAUGUUGUGGCUGUCAAAAAAGAUGUUACGUCUCUGUUGUCCCGUCCUCCGAUUUCAAAGUCAGGCAAGGCCGAAUAGUUGCAAUAGGCGUGAGGACACGUUAAAGCAUUUUUUUUUCCCAGUUUUUAUGCAUUUCAUCAUUCACAGGGAUUCAUUUGUAUUCGUUUAAAAUGAUUAGAGUUUUUAACGCCUCGCACUUAAUACCGUUUGUAUCCUAUAAAUAGAUUUGUUACAUUGCACUGUGUUGCACAAGUAGUAUUAAAAUAUAGACCGAAUAUAUGAUUUGCACAUAAAUGACCUAAUGUGUCUGCGCUAGUCCGUGAUUUUGACAGGCACCCGAUGUAGAUUCUCCUUCCUGCUUUAAUACCCUGCUUUAACCGAAAGCUUUCGGCAAUUUCGACAGAGCGUUGUUGGGCUGCUCGCGACUUUUUGUUUGCCAUCGCGCAGGCCCGGCAGAUUUGUCCUUACGCUAACGCCUCACACCUGUAAUAAGAUAUAUAGUUAUAUUUUAAAGCUCAAAUGUACAAAAGACCUGCAUCAAAUAUGUUCGCUCUGGAGAAAACACCAAAAUAUGUAUAUUUAAAAACUGUGUUUAAAACAGCUUGGUUAGAAAUAUCUAGUUCUAGAACAGUUUGUCUAGAACAGCUGUAGUUCUCAGGGGAGAAGACGGAUUAUAGUCUUAAUGCACUGGAAACUAUGCUGUAGUGUGUUUAUAAUCAUGGUUUACUUGGGUAGAUCAUGCUAAUAUAUCUUAUUUAUUAAGAUAUAGGUUUGAGCGUGAAACUAGAAUAUCGGGUUUAGUGGUUAUUAAUAUUUAAGAGUCGUUGUACUGCUUCUAUUUCGAUCUGUAUCAAAAGAUGAAAACUAGAUCAAUAAAUUUAAAUGGUGAA